AUUUGAAAAUCAGAGAAUUCGAAUCCCAAUUUGCCCCUGAAAUUCCUCUGAUUUCCUUGAACUUCCCCCCAACGGAGGAUUCAGAACAGAGGGGGGACUACUGCUGAUUGAUUGAUUGUCCGUUAACGUUAAGGCUCGGUGCUGAUAUAUAUCAUCACGUCUGUCUGUUUGGAUUCCGAGAAAAGUGAAGGGAAAAAGCAAACAAACAAAUACUCGGAGUCGGAGCAGAGGGAGAAGAGACAUGUUGUGCAGCAUGAUGACCAGGAAGAGGAAGACCGGCAAGUUGCCGGUUUUCCUUAACGUUUACGAUCUCACCCCCAUCAAUGGCUACGCUUACUGGCUCGGCCUCGGAGUCUACCAUUCCGGCGUCCAAGUUCAUGGGGUUGAAUAUGCAUUCGGUGCUCACGAACGUCCGACCACUGGAAUUUUUGAAGUGGAACCAAAGCAAUGCCCUGGUUUCACUUUCAGAAAGUCAAUCUUGAUUGGAAGAACAGACAUGGAUCCCAAACAGGUCCGUGCCCUCAUGGAGAAACUUGCAGAGGAGUACUCUGGAAAUACUUACAACCUUAUCACGAAGAACUGCAACCACUUCUGCAACGAUGCAAGCCUCCAAUUGACCGGUAAACCCAUUCCCAGCUGGGUUAAUCGACUUGCUCGACUUGGUUUCUUGUGCAAUUGUGUUCUCCCUGCCGGUUUAAACAACACCAAAGUGCGGCAUAUUCGAGCAGAAGACAAGGGCUAUGACAAGAAGAAGCUAAGAAGCCAGUCAAGUAGGUUUGCAUCUCCUUCUAAUCCCCGCCCUUCUUUAUCAUCUUGUUCCUCAGCCCCCGCGGCACAAAGAUGAUAUUGGCCUCAGUCUUUCCAUCUGUUCUGUGAAGCUUUUCUUGCAGUUGGUUUGUUCUUCUUGAUUCCCCCCCCCCCCCCCCCCCCCCCCCUUUUUUUUUUUUGGGUUUUGCAAUCAAAAAUAUAAAAACAACAAAAGAUGGGGGAAACUGCAAAUUUUAAGUAUUUUCCUCAUCAGAAUAUCUUGUUAGCUCUUCCCCCCCCCUCCCCCCCCCCCCCCCCCCCUUUCUUUUCUUUUUAAUGGAAAUCAGAAACAACCCAUUGCCAAUGUUGCAGUGCUUUUGUGCUAAUGUAAAGUGCUUGUUUCGAAGAUAGGAUUCUCAACCCUGAGCCGUACAUAGUUUGGUUUGAGGCCCCCCCAGCCAUAUAAUGAAGUUUGUUUGUCUGCAAAAAGACUAAAAUGGGGAGGACUUGUCAACGCGAGGAACAGUGAAAAGUGGGUGAGAGCUAAGAUACAAGAGGGUCCAAACACACAACACAGCUUGAUGUGUGUUACUCACUUUAAAAGUUCCUUGCGCUUUCUUUGGAUUGUGAAAGCCACGCGAGAAUGUUAUGAAUGGGACUUUCAAAUGCAAGUAUGUGUUUGUGAGAUUUGAAUUUAGGAUUUUUUGUGAUGUGAUUUUUGCAUUAUAAUUGCCAUAUUUAUUAACAAUAAAUAUAAAUAAAAUUUUAGUUAGCAUGUUA